AGUCUUAUGUUAGCUUGAGGAUAGUGACUGACUGAGUGACCUGUGGAGUAAAUGGUCCUGAUAGCGGCUAGUGCUAAACGUGAAAUGAAAGACAAAAAUUACCAUCGGGAAAGUUUGAGCGAAAAGUUGCUUUCCAAGAGGGCUACCAACUCAAAUACUUUGUUGCAACGAUUUGACGGAAGAUCAAUGUUACUGCUGCGUGCACUUCUAUCAGGAGAUGCUAGCAGAGCUAUGUGGGUCUACCGGCGACAGCGACGUCUUGACCCCGACCUUACCCUGCACACUUUUCUGGAGACCCUUUGCCAGGAUGAAAUCUGUCAUGACAAGGAUUCUCUACCUUUGACAGCCAAACCACUGGUGUGCCUGUUCCCAGAGGCAUUCCAACACACCCUGUUAUCUUUCAUCCAUAUCAUCUACGCAACGCUGCCUGGGACCAUAAUACUACGGCUGAUAGACUGCCUUAUGCAGCAGCCCACUCCAAACCCCUGGACCACAUCCCUAGCAGGACAGCUGAAGAGAGACCUAGGAGACCCAGAACAGGGGUCCCUCGUUACUCCACAGUGUGCAGAGAGGCUAAGAAAGCUGAGUGAGAAUUUAGGUGGUGGUGUAGGAAAUCCAACAGGCUGGACUUUACACUUUAGCAGUCUAGCAAAGCCCCUGACGUCCUCAGAAGGACCAGAGCUACCAGAUAGGAUGUCUCAAAGAAAGAGGAAAAGCAGCGUUGUGGAUGUGGACCCAGACACUGAGGGAGAGGCCCAGCAGCGGAAGAGGCUGAAGAGAGAACUGUGUUCUGUUGAGGCCCCUUGCAGCAGUAACAAUCCCACGGUACAGACAGAUGGAUCAACAGGCAGAGAUGAUGCUAUCGCAGUAGAGGUCAAUGUGGAUUCUGAACUGAAGGUUGUGGAAGACUAUUCAAUUGACUCCUUGCCUGACCACAUAAAGGGUUCUACCUCUCAAAUCAAGGAAUUACUAGAAAACAAGAUGGAGUGGGACCAGAGCUCUGUAGAUGUCCUCAAGGUGCUGAAUGAAUGUGACCCAGGCCAGAUGGAGGUGCUGUGUGGAAUGUUGAGAUUGUCUGAGUUACCAGAGCAAACCCUGCUCCCGCUCUGUAGCGCUCUGCUGACCCUCUCCCCUGACCUCAGCUACAGCUCAGCAGUCACCCUCAUCCGGCACCUUCUACUGACGAAGGUCAUCUCACUCUCAGAACCUGCCUCCAGGUGUCUAGUUAGUGCAGUGAAGUCUCUGUGCAGUCGCUACCCGCGGCCGACCUGCCACGCCCUGAUUGGACCUGUCCUUCAGCAGGGGCGGACUGGCAGUGCACAGGCGGUGCUAUUUAACAGACUCAUUGAAGACUGCUUUGAGCCUCAUUACAGAUUGCUUCUGUUUGAGAUGUCACUCAAAGUGGUGUGGAGCGAGGAACUUCUCACAGUCAUCCAUGGUUUGCUGGACUCAAAGCUCGGGCUAAAUGAAGAACUAUUCACUCAAUUCACUGAGCAGCUUAACAACCAGGCCCAUCUUUUCACCAAGUCCAUGAAAUUUGCCAAGAUGAUGCUGACUGUACUCACCAAAUAUAACAAUCAUGUAACCUUAGCACACAAACAGUCUCUAUCCUGCUGCUUGUCCUCAAGUGAGACCUUCUUGAAGAAGUCCCUCCAGGCUGCCUUGAAAAGGAUCAGCCCCACAUGAAA